ACAUAAAUUGAUCCAAUAUAGAAGGAUGGGAGAGUCCAGUGGGCAUAAAUGGGUUAAUAGUACUUAACUACACUUGAACGCAGCUUUACUGCCUUUUUCAAAUACAAAAUGCCCUAGGUCGCUUUAAAUCUUAGCGCGUUAAAUCAUAAUGCAUGCAUUCAAGUGUUUUAUCGGUCAAAAACUGUGACACACGUGCCAUAACAAGUUUUCAAAUGUCGUUAAGUGGUAUGUUUAGUUCAUUAAAACCGACGCGUACGCAUACAGGAAGUUUCAAACCAUGUGAACUGUCGUGUUGCAAAAUUGUGCUAGUUCUAUCUACGUGGAGUAGCCUGUGUGGACGUAAUGUGACUUGUUUGCAAGGUUCUACAAUUAUGGUCUAAAUAAAAGAUUUAUACCUAACCACCCACCAUCCGCUGAUUCCUCCGCUGGUCCGAUGGUUAAAUGCAUCUCGAUGACCAUGGAUGACCUGCACUCGGACGCUUGUACCCUUCUUGCGCUCUUACACCGGGACGAAGACAGCCUGAAUGACACCGGGAAGCAGCUGGUGAAGCAGAACCGGAAGUACGCUUGUGACGUGUUCAUGCACGAAGUCGACGGUUGGACGCCUUUUCACGCUUUUGUUUUGCGAGGCGCUCGCAAAAUUGUGAAACUUUGUCUCAAGGCGGGCGUCGACGUAAAUUUGACUAUGGGAUCUCCAGACGGCGUCCCAGGUGGAUGCUCAGCGCUCCACCUGGCCGCCCACCGCGGUGACGUCAGUAUUAUCAAUGUGUUAAUCUCAAACGGUGCGGAUUUAAAUGUGAGAGACAACAGUAGUAAGACUCCGGUGCUGUACGCUUCCUUGGCUAACAAUAGUCUCGCAGUGCGGAAAUUGCAGCGCGCAGGCGCGGACAUGACAGGAUGUGACGUGAAUAGUAAACAAAGUCCGGAUGAUAUGACGUCAUCGCCGAUAAAGUGCCUUUUACCCUUCGUAUGCACAGGUGGACGACGGUAGCAUAAAGUGAUACCUCAACAAUGUGAUUAAAUCAUAAUCCUUAUCAUUCUCAUCCUCAUCCUCAUCCUCAUCAUCAGCAACAGAAGAAAAUGUAGCAUUAUUAUUAUCAAUUCGACGAUGCGCAGCUUUCACUAGCAAAACUUACUUUAGACGAAAUUGAAGUGAACGUGUGUAUUGAUUAAGGACAGAAACAUUGUUAGAAUUUUUCAUUUUUGUAAGCUAUUUAUUAUCACAUAUAAAGAGCCGUUUCUAAUUAUUUAAAGCAUUUUUCAUUUAUCCUACGUCUAUAAUUAUAUGCAUACCAAAUUAUUAAAUGAGAAAAAUGAAAUAUUUUUUCAACAUCGAAACAUUGAAAUUGAUAGGCGGUGAAAUCAAUGUUUAAUGCUAAUCAAAAAAUACAUCUCUUAGAAUCAAAAUUGUAAUGGGUGAAGAUCAAGAAAAAAAUCUUGUCAUCGUCUGCAUGAUAAGUUACCACGUACUAUGAACUUAUUUGAACCAUUUUUGUACAUUCCUUGUGGAAGGUCUAGUCGCAUUUACCUGUAAUCAUUGGAUUUGGAUUGGAUUAAGUAUUUGAAAUUGGCGUCCUACUCCCGAACUUCUUUCUGCAUAUAAACGUUGCAGAAAUCGUUUGGUUACCGAAUAAUGCGCUCUGCAGUGUAUAUAUGAAAAUACAACAAAGAAAAAAUAUUCUCCAACUUGAGAACAUUAUUAUUGGGAGUAGGGUUUUAUCUGGUUGUACAACGGAAGAUAAUACCAUUAUACCAUUUUACAUAAUUGUGCCAAAACGCUCUUUAUAUUAAUAUCCUUGCAUGGCUAGCAACUACUGUUUUUUUAAAUAGACGUAAUGUUAUGUCAGUGUGAGAUUGUGUAUGUAUCAAAAAAGUAUUAUUAUUUUGUCAAACUUAAUUUCCAUGUCAAUAAGAUUUCGUUAAUUGUUCGUUAUUUGAAAUGAAAGUGUUAAAAUAA